CAUGAGCCGCAAGUUUCUAGGGUUUUUGCUUUUCGCGAAACAAAACCCCAAUCUUUUUAAUCCGAUCACUCAUAAUUAAAAAUUAAAAAAAAAAGAAAAAAAUCGAAGAAGAAGAAGAAGAUGGUUCGCAGCCUCAAGAACAUACAGAAAAUCAAAAGAAAGAACAAGGGAUCAAAGACGAAGAAGGGAGAAUCAUCAUCGAUCCCCUCCGCCCCUGCGCAGGUGUGGCAACCUGGAGUUGAUAAGUUGGAAGAGGGAGAAGAGCUCCAAUUUGAUCCCUCUGCUUAUAAUUAUCUGCGGGCUUUCAGCAUUGGAUGGCCCUGUUUGAGUUUUGAUAUUGUUCGUGAUUCAUUGGGAUUGGUACGUUCGGAGUUUCCUCAUACAGUUUAUGGUGUCGCGGGGACUCAGGCCGAGCAAGCAUCCUGGAAUCAUAUUGGUGUUUUCAAGCUCUCCAGUAUAUCUGGGAAAAAGCGUGAGGUGUUGCCUUCUAAAUCUGCUGACAAUGAGACUGAUAUUGACAGUGACAGCAGUAGCGAUGAAGACGAGGAUGAGGCCGACGAGUCUACACAACCUAUUUUACAGUUGCAUAAAGUGGCACAUCAAGGAUGUAUAAAUCGGAUACGCUCCAUGACUCAAAAGCCUCAUAUAUGUGCAACGUGGGGCGAUACUGGGCACGUUCAGGUGUGGAACUUUACCUCCAUCCUAAAUGCUUUAGCAGAGUCUGAAACAGAUGCCAGCAGGGGAGGUAAUAGCAUACACCAUCAAGCUCCAAUAAUGAAUUUUGGUGGGCACAAAGAUGAAGGCUAUGCAAUAGAUUGGAGUCUAGUUGUUCCUGGAAGGCUUGUUACUGGUGAUUGCAGGAAUUGUAUUCACCUUUGGGAACCUUCUUCUGAAACAUGGAAUGUGGAUAAAAAUCCUUUUGUUGGGCAUACUGCUAGUGUUGAAGAUCUACAAUGGAGUCCUACAGAAGCAGACGUGUUUGCCUCGUGUUCUGUGGAUGGAAAUAUUGCUAUAUGGGAUACCCGUCUAGGGAAAUCACCAGCCGUGUCUAUAAAGGCACACAAUGCUGAUGUUAAUGUUAUCUCAUGGAAUCAGCUAGCAAGCUGUAUGUUAGCAUCAGGAAGUGACGAUGGCACAUUUUCUAUACGAGAUCUUCGAUUGAUCAAGGGAGAUUCCUUGGUUGCACACUUCGAGUACCAUAAGCAACCUAUUACAUCAAUAGAAUGGAGCCCACAUGAAGCAUCCACUUUGGCUGUCUCAUCUGCAGAUAAUCAGUUGACAAUAUGGGACCUCUCAUUGGAAAGAGAUGAGGAAGAAGAGGCUGAAUUUAAAGCAAAGAUAAAAGAACAAGCAAAUGCCCCACAAGAUCUACCACCUCAGCUCCUUUUCGUUCAUCAGGGCCAGAAAGAUUUGAAGGAAAUACACUGGCACCAGCAGAUCCCAGGGAUGUUGGUAUCCACAGCUGCCGAUGGCUUCAAUGUUCUCAUGCCUGCAAAUAUAGAGACUACUAUUCCAGGAGCUGCAUCGUGAAUAAUCCAAUUUUACUACCUUGGCUUAUGCAAAUGCAUUCAAAUGCAGAGGUGUAGAAGCAAAAAAAAAAAAAAAAAACAUUCAUGUUAUAUCUAUUGAGUCCUGUACUUAAGAAUGACAUGAACGUGAAUUUUGGGUUGUUAAAUGUAAGCUGGGGGGAGUAUUUGCUUGAGUUGCCUUUUGAAUCGUAACUUUACGGUUUGACCGUAAAAUUCCUUCUUCUUCUUUUUCUUUUUUUAUAUUUUUUGGGAAUUUUAUUUACAGUUUAAGGUGUUGUCUAUUGGUAUCUAUUUGUAGUUUACUGAAAAAGAUAUGUUAACCUACAACUUUAGUUAACGUUACAGUUUUGUUCC